AUGCGGCGGCUGAGCCCGGGCCUGAGUUGGGGCAACGCCUGGGAAAUCUCCGCGGCGCCGUCCGCCCCCGCGGAGGGUCCGCCUGCCGCCAUGCGGUGGCCGCUGGCCGGGCUGCUGCUGGCGCUGCUCCCCGGCGGCCCCUCCGCGCCCGCUCGGCCCCGAGCAGCGGCCGCCGGGCGGGGCCCGCCCCGGGAGCCCUGCGGUCGGACUGGGGUUUUUGAAGAUGAUCUGUGGCUUCAGACUGAGAUGGGAUGCCUAGGAAUGGCAGUGUCCUUGCCUGUGGUCAGUGAGGCAAGCAAAGCCCCUCACCAGCUCUUGACCUCUGCAGCCUCGGCCAACCAGUGGAGCCAUUCGCUGUUUGCCUUGAUACCCUCGUGGACAAAGAAGGUGUUGUUCAAACGAGACUCUGACAUCAGCCACCUUCUGCCUGAAGAUGUGUCCAAUAUGUCAUUGUCUUCUGAAUUUGGAGUAACCCUUCAGAAAUGUGGUAUGGUGGAUGUUGAACAUGACCCUCAAACUGCAUAUAUUACACUUGUGAUUAAUAACACCAACACAUUGCUCUCAACAAACAUCACAGAUCUUAUCCUCCUGGACAACAUCACUGGUCUACAUGUUCAAAAAAACAGUGGGAAUAAAACCACAGAUGGCAUACAGAUUUACAGGAAAAGUUUCUUGCAAGGUGGAGAACACUUUGCAGUCAACUACUCUGCACUUCUUGAUGCAGAAGAAACGUGGCAUGGCAGGGUCUUGACACUGCCUGUGAAGCUAACUUUCAGAAGUUCAUCACAGAAUAAAACACAUCUCGUAUCAUUGACAGCAUCAUUUACUGUAACGGAAGAAGAAAAGACCAAGGUUUUAUACAGCCAUGCCAUCAGUGCUUCAGGGUUCUUCAUUGCUUUUUUCGUUUCCCUUGUGUUGACAUGUGCUGUCUUUUUCAUUGUUUACCGAACCCAAAUAUUAAAAUGGAGUUUCUGUAGUAAAAACCAGGAGAUACAGCCUGAUCUCAGCCAAAAUCACAAACUGGAGCAUUCUCAGUUUAAUUCAGGUGAUCUCUUUAGUGAAGAUAUAAUUAUGAAUGACCAAAUCAUUGAUAUUCUAUCCUUUGAAGAACCUGGGAACAUGCUUCAGGCUUUAGAAGAUUUGGAGGUUGCCAGCCUGACACGGGCAGAUGCUGAUCUGGAGGCCAAUCGAACACAGAUCUGUAAAGAAGUGAUUGCUAUGAUGCUGAGGAACAUGGUCCUAAAUCACAGCCUCCUUCCUCAUGUGGAGAAGAAGAUAAGUUCAGUUUUCGAAAAGCAGUUUCUUGCAAUGGAGAAAGAGAUUCAAGAGGAGUAUGAAAGGAAGAUGGUGGCUUUGACAGCUGAAUGUAAUUUGGAAACGAGGAAGAUGAUGGAGGCUCAGUGCCAAAAAGCAAGAGCUGCAAAUGAAGAGGCUGAGGAAUUAAUGAAGAAAAUUAAUGAAAAGCCUGCUGUAGAAUGCAGAAGUCUUCUGGACAAACUUCACAGACUGGAGCAGGACUGCCUGAAGAGAUUCCUUUUUGUAAAGCAAGAGGAAUAUUUUGCAAAGGCUUAUAGAGAGCUGGCUGUUACCCAAAGAAAGGAGCUCCAUACCAUCUUUUUUACACAGAUAACAAAUGCCACUUUAAAGGGAGAACUGAAGUUGGAAGCAGCUAAAACAUUAGUGGAAGGUUACUCUAAAAUACAGGGUGACAUUGAAGAGCUAAUGGAUUUUUUGCAAGCUUGCAAGAAAUAUCAUCUGAAUAAAAGAUUUUCUUACAGAGAAUAUCUUAUAAGUAAGAUACAGUCAAGAAAUUCUCGUGUCUCUGCUCUUAUAAAUGCCGCAGCAGCCCAGAUAUCAAGUCUCAUUACUAAGACAGAAAGAGCAGGUCAUCUACCUGAAAGUCAUUUGGGAAUCCUGCUGGACCGAGCUGAGACUGAAAUUAAUUUUGUUAAACAGAAAUUUGAUCAUGAUUUAAAACAAGAAAAGCAGAAGCUUUGCCAGAAACUCAUUACCAGGCGAAGGCGGGAAAUGUUGCAAAAGCAGAAAGAGCACCAGAAGGAGCAGCUGUCACUAGGAGACCCCUACAAAACUACUAAUGAGAUCUCUCAUUACCUGAGACACUGGAAAAAUCUUCUGAGUGAUCACACCAUUGAAUUUGAAGAACUUACUGAAAAGCUGGACAAUGAGGCCAGCGAAGAGCUGAAGGAGCUACAAUUUAGCCUAGCAGAGAAAGCCAUUGAAGAGCUUAAACGUGUUCAGUGUGGAGUGUUUGUGCAAGAACUGGUCAAGCUCAAUGUGCCAAAGUUGUUCCUGCUGGAAGCUGUGGAGGAGCACAAAAAAGAGAUGGUGGUUAAACAGGCACAGCUUGAGAGGGAAGAACAUGACAAGAGCAUGGCUGCUGAAGAGCUGCUUCAGCUCACCAGGCAGAAGCUAAGCCAAGAGCUGGAAACAGGCAUCUCAGAGCAAAAAGAAAUAAGGAGCUGGGAACAGUCAAUAUUCAUGAUACUUCUAAGUUCACCCCUCUCUCUCUCAGAAGAAGAGUUGCUUAGAUUGAGGCAAGAGUUGCACUGCUGCUUCUCUCAGGUGGACAGCAGCUUGGCUUGGCCCAAGAUAAGAGCAAGAACCUUGCUUCAGGCUUUUGAAGUGGAGCAGAGGGACAGUGAGGUGCUCAGAGUUGAUCAGAAUUUAGCAAUGACCAACAAACAGCAGCAUUCUAAAAUGGGAAAAACAGGAUCCAAGAAUAGAAAUAAGUUAGAUAUUCUGAAGAAAUCUUUACAGGACAAAAUUUUAAUUUAUGAAGACUCAGUGAAAGAUGAAAAUUUGAAGAGGAUUAAGGAUGAGUUGCAGCUUGAAAAAGAGUGUCACCUGCGCAGUCUGGAAAACAAACUUGGAGAGUAUAUUGCUUCUUUAGCCUUUCAAAAGACUGUUAAAAAAUCCAAAAUACUGGAGCUGUAUACUGCUAUCAUAAAUGUGCAAGCUUUGCUCUUUGAACAGCUGAACACAUCAAAAACCCUGUCAAAACUGGAAUGUAUUCAGAUUUUAGAAGCACAUAAUCCUGAGGUUGAAGAACUUGACAGGAAGCUGGAGUAUGAGAUGUUGCAUAAGGAGUCAGCACAGCAGCAUCUAAUGAGUAGGCAGAGGUGGAUUCUGGAUGGUUUGGGUCUCUCAGAUGAAGCUGAGGACAUGAAUGCAGAAAGACACAUGACAAUUCUGUUAAGACAGGCCAUGAAUAAAUGUAGACAAUUUAUCAACCUGUACCAGCAAAGCUUGAGAGAUGAGCAAUGGAAUUGCGUGGUGCUUGAAGAUCUCCUGGAAAAUAUAGAAACGAAUGCAUUUUUGUCAAUUUAUAGUCAGGAGCUCCGUCUGGCAGGUUAUUUAGCUAAACUGACGAGGGUGCCAAUGGGGGUGUUGCACAGGGUCCUGAACUUGCUGCUGCCCUCCAGCUCACAAAGUGAGGUUCUUUCUGUCCUCGAGUCCAUCAGUAAAUAUUCAGAUGGUGUUGUUGAAAGUGACAGUAAUGCAGAUGACUCUGGCAGCUGUAAGAAAAGGAAGAGCCAAGAGUUGUGGCAAACACUGGAGAACAAAAUAAGGCAAGAUCUGGUAAACAGAAGUUUAGAAAAGAUCCCUUCCCUAAACAAGAGAAAAGACAGCUUGAUAAAGAAGAAGCAACUUGCUCUCUUGGAAAAAGCAGCAUUCAUUCACCUGGGACGCUCACCUGCACAUCCUCCUGUGGAACAGCCUGCUCCACCCGUUCCUCUGAGCUCUGCAGCUGCUGAAGCUGUAGAGCUGUUCGACACAGGGGAGAAGAUAUUUUUGUUCCGUGAGCCAAGUGAUCCAAUACUGGCUUUGCAUAAUUUUCCAAGAAAAAAGAAAAAGAACUUUCUUAAUUCUAAAAAGGCUGCUUGUGCAAACAUGGACUCAUAAGAGCAACUUCUAUGUAAAGUAUCAGUUAGGGAAGAGGAAGUUACUUAAAGUUAAGUAAAAUGAUGAAGAAGAAUGAAGUGUACGGUUGAAAUAAUGUGUGUUGUUUUAAUCUGAUUUGUCUGAUAUUGGAGAGAUCUAAUUUUACAGUGGCACAGUUAAUGACAUGCAUCUUAUAUUUUUUAAUUCUUGUCAAGUGCUUUGUUGCACUUGGUGAAAUAUGGGUGUUCUAUGAUGCACAUUCUGGCAGGCAGGACUCUGUGUUCAACCACUACAUUUUGGUCAUUUUUGCACUGAUUUUACCAUAGCUGUAUUUUAAUAGUUUAUACAGAAAGGCUAUUUAUUGUAUAUAGUAGGCACUGAUUUGCUAUUCUUGUAUUUAUAUUUUUGUGGUAAGCUGCAGUAUAGCAGAUGGCAUCAAGAGAUGAAGUGGAUGAACCACAUGUCCACUGUUCUCUGAUUUUAUGUUCUUCUAGGUAAUUUACUGUUUAACAUUGUGUUCCUAAUAGGCUUUGCAUGUUACUUCUGCAGUCUGUUACUAUUGUGACAGCUGCUACUCCAGAUCUCUGGCAUAUACUGGGUACUUAGCCUUACAUCCUGGAGUAACUUCAGCAUUUCUAAACUUACUUCAGUUGAGCUGUGAGUGUAGCUACAGUUCCAAACUGUUCAAUAUUUACAACCUGUUGCAGUCGUCUUCAUGGUAAAGCAGUGUUGUCACAUUUGCUCAGGAGAAAGUGAAAAAUGUAAAUGGGUAUGUAAUGCCUUCAGAAGCUCUUCUGAUUGCAGUGCUGCCAAUUUUCAAAAUUUUAGGUAUUUUUGAAGUUCUUAUUCCUGAAUUUCUCUAAAUUGAUGAGAAUAUAAUUUUAUGUUUCAAAAAGAGUUAAUUUUUAAACUUGUCUAGUUUACUCGAAGAAUCCUGUAAAUAUGAAUCCUCAAAAGAGGAACAGGAAAAAACUAAUUAAAAUAACCACAUGUAUUUGUUAAUAUUUUAUAUUAUUCAAGCCUAUUUUGAGGGGGUUGUAACUGUAUUUGAAUGCUAUGCUCUGAGGCCGCUGUGAUCAUAUAUUUUGUAUUUUUUCAUGUACAGAUCUCUGCCUUUUUAUUAACAGAGUGCCAUGUUAUUUAAAAAUUAAAAUAUUACAAUAUACAUGUAUCUGCAGUUGGCAUAUUUUCCCCCACUUCUCUGACAAGUUGAAAUAUUCAUCCCACAGUAAACAACAAUUAGUGUUUCCUACCACUACUAGCAUUAGAAAAUGUAUGCAGUAAUUAGACUGACAGUCCUAAUUAUUAUUUGGUUGCUUGCUUCAAUCUUUUCAUGGAAGUAUUUGCUGUGACAGAAAGAGGAGUGAGUUCAGAGUUGCUGUUUUAAGCGUGUCUGGAAUUCCAUCCCCAAGGCAUGGGUGGGUGGAGAGCAGGGUCUGUCCUGCCUUGGAGGUGGGCCAGAGCUGUAUAGGAGGAGGCUCAGGUGUUUCAGAAAGAGGCAAGAAAGCAAUUGGAAAAUUUGGACAGCUCAUGGCUGCAAGGAGCCCUUGAAAGCUGAACGACCUUCUUGAAUGUCAGUGCCUCCCAGGAUUUCUUUGCAAGCCCAGACUCUUCACUGGUAAGAUGUAAGAGGGAAAUGACAGUAACUCAUCACAGAUAAGAUAUGGAGGCCAAUAGCUCUAGUAGGUUACAAAAAUAAAAUGCAACAUCUGAAUAUUAAUUACAAUAUCAAUUUAUUAUCCUUAAUAGACAAUCUCUAUGUUUAGCAAUAGAAAGCUGAUUUGUAACUCUCUCACACCUCAUCACAAAUUUGAAGCGGUUCAGUGAUUGUAACUAUUCUAGCGGGGAAAGUCACGCCCUGCUAUGAGUCACUCUCAUAUCAUGCAGUACAUGUUCCAAGAAACAUCCAGGUCUUAACAUCUCUUGUGCCUUGUGAAAGAAGUACUAACUAGAAAAUAACCCACUUCAGUAAAGGGUUGGUUUAUAUUUAGCUUUGAGUCACGCAGAGGACAGAGGGCCGGCUGUUGAUUGUGCAGUUUCGUGUGUGUGUCAUAGGUAUUACCAUCCUUAUUUCGCAGCUGCUCUCCCAAAGAAUGUGUGUGCUGGACAAGCCUGGCUUCACAGUCAUUGAUACAAGAAGUAAUAACAGGCCAAGUUCUUCAGUACUUGAAACAUUGUCCAAAUCAAUUGUGUUCCCCUGGAAGUUCAUUGCUUCUCCUGUUGCCCUUGACGGUUCCCUGUGUACUCCCAUCUCCUUUACACUGUUGCCUUCCUCAACAUGAAGCCAUUCGACAAUAAACCAAAACAGAUAAAGAACAAGCAAAAGUAACUGUCUUUGGACAAUGAGACUUUAAUCCAUACAGUAAAUAACAGCUUACUGGCAAUGGUAAAUUUUAUUGAAGAAAUUGUUCUCCAUGCUAGGCUAAUAAACUGUGGCUUUGUUAGGAUUUUUCAGCAUGUACUUCAGGAAUGUUAGCUUGCAGCUAGCAGCCCUUGUGCCCCGGGUUCAAGAUUUUCAGGAGGCUUAGUUUCCUCAAGCUCCUCAUCAUUAUCAAUAACCUACCUUUCUGCUCACCUUGCUGUAUUUUUGGCUUGGGAUAUCUGGAUACUGGAUUAGCAUGCCAUACAUAUUCCUCACUGUGUCAAGCUUUUAAAUAAAAUAUUACAUAUUGAAGGUUGGUGGUUUUUAAAUAAAAAGGAUCCCAAGUGAUGAAAAAUAUUUUAGGGAAGAUGCACUAAAAAUGUUCUGCAGUGAUUGAGGUGAAAAUGCUUCCGUGGGUUGAGAUUUCCUAUCAUAAAUUUAUAUUUAAUUUCUUUAAUUUCGGUAUUGUGUAUUAAUUUAUUAUGAAGUAGAAUACAUGCUGAGCUUAAUGAAGAAUAAUUCAUACCAAGAGUGAAUAACUGGAUAUUCUGGGAGAGACUGUCAAAGUCAAUCUGUUGUAAACAAAAGUGAGAAUACCUAUAUGGACCUGGUACUUCACUACAGAAAAAUGUAAAAAUGGAAGGAUUGACACUUUGGUAGAAAUAAUUGUUAUAUUUAAUAGGUUUUAUCUUACCUACUGUUUACUGUAACUAUUUUGGAUUCAGAUCAAUUUUUUAAGUGAUAAUGUCUCUUCAAUAAGGUCAGUUCUGCAAAAUACUUGCCUGCCUUGUUUGAACCUGGGGAGCUCAUGCUGCUUUCUUUCAUUAUCUGGUAUUUACCCAGCUGCUGUUUUAACACCUUCAUUUCUUCUGGGGAAAGUUGAGUUUUUAUGCUCUUACCUUUGUACAACCCAGUGCCAAUAAUUACACUGCCUUUCAUCAGCAGCUCCAGCUUCCCAAGAGACUGACAGGGGGAUUUUCAAAGCAUCAAAUGCCAAAUUCACUCAUCUGUUGCCCCGUGCUGUGCUUAUGCAGCUUUAGGUGUACCAGCAUAAAGCUUAUUUUCCUUGCUGAGUUAUAAAGCUGUAUUGUCACAGGCUGUUGAGAGCUGUGUGAGUUCAUAUGAAUUGCAAUAUUGUACAAGUGAUGGACAUUAUCCUCCUAGCUGAGUGCUCCAGGUAGGAUCUAGCCUUUUCCACUUUCUGUUUCUCCACUCAGGAUCUCUUGUAGGAAUGACUGGCAAAGGCCACCAGCUCAGGUCUUUAGUACUGUCUUCCUACUUGUUUUCUUAUUAUUCACAGGGAGCAAGGCAGGGAAAGUCAGUUAGACUGCACACUUGUGGGCUCACUGUUUGCCUUUGUGUUGCAGACAAACUGUGACCUAAACUUAAUUUUAAUCUCAUUAAUAUAUUUAAUGAGAACUGGUAAUGUCCACCUCUGUGUUUGAGCAGUCUUGUUAUCUAAAACCACUUGUUACUUUUCUCACCUCAGCUGUAUCCAGAAGCUUGAGAAUCACACUGAGCAAAAGCACUUUGUUUUCUCCAAGGUUCAGAGAUUCCUCUGGAGAGCAGAAGACAGACAUUUGCAGGGAACAGAAUUUUGUCUACUUCUUUGGAGCAUCUUCUUCAGUUAUGCCAAGAUGCUACCUCAGAAAAGAGGCUGUGUAUUUUUCAACCACUGUUGUUUGAAAAAAGAUGACCAAAUAAGCAAAUAAAUUAAAAUGUGGAAGUGUCAGGUAUCAUUCCAAGCCAAAAUAGCCAUCACAAUCUGAGGGCAGAACUUGGUAGAUUUGAUCUCUGCUGAUAGAAUUUAGUCCUUGGUAGUGUGUAGUUGAGAAUGACAGCUGAUUACAAUAUGUGAAUGGUUUUAUAGUUACUGAACUGAGCAGAGAUAUCCCUAUGCAGGGUUUCAGAAGAAGUAAAAUAUUUCUUUCAGGAGUAUGACUGAAAGGCCAUUAUAAAAUACCUUGAGUGGAUAGAUGUGCAAUGUCUGUACCAGAUGGGAUAAAUGUGUAAUUGUUUGUUGUAUUUUUCCAAUAUAUUGUUGUUCUGCUUAUGGCUUGACUAUCGCUAGUAAUUAAAUCUUGUCGUGUCUGCCAACAGAUUUUUAUUCAUUUGCUGUUGAUUGCUAGUAAUUCAUCACUCUAAAAUUACCAUUUUGGUCCUUGUUUUAUCCUUUCCUAAGCCUCCCUUUUUUUCUUGGAGAAGGAAUAUGUUAGAGAUUGGAAUGAUUCAAACCCACAUGAAUCCCCACUUUUUUUUUUUUUUUUUUUUUUUUUUUUUUUUUUUUUUUUUAAUUUGUUUUCUCUUUAGUUGUAGGGUUAGAUGAUGGUUUAAUGAACACUGAGUAGCUUUGUCGCUACCUGAAAGACUGCUGGCCAAAUCUGGGGUACUGUACAUUGCUUUUCUGCACACAGUUUUCGAAAACAAAUGUAGUAUGCCAUGUUAAAAGAAAAAAAAAUCUAAUAAAACCCAGACAAGCUACAGAAUCUAUCAAUAUGACUUAUGUGGCUUUAUAAAGAGAUGUAAGCCUGUGAACAAAUUCUACAAUAAUGCAACUAUCUUUUCAUAGGAGAGAAGAGGAAAAACCACAUCUAAUCAAUUUGAUAUAAGUGUUAGAUUCACAAUUCCCUUUACUAACUUUCCAUCUUAUGUAACAAACCAGCAUGCUCUUAACACGAAUGUCUUUUUAAAGGGAUGUAGUGAUUUUUGUAGAAUAUGUUCCUAGUUGCAUAGGUGGUGGAGAAAAUGGAGUCUUGGUUUCCAUGGACUGGUUUCAGUCCUGUGUCUGGGUUUCAGACAAGAGCUGGAAUUAUGUGGUUCUCCCUUGUGUGAGGAGAAUGGCUCUGUGCAGCAGCCAGUGAAGUCUGUGGCUGCAGAGAACAAAUUCUGUGUGUUCCCAGUUGAAGUAGGUAAUCCUUGGAGAGGUGUUUGUUUUUGGUUUUGGGGUUGGUUUUUUAAUGAAGUCUACGAGACAAUAUAUAAAUGUAGGUUUACUUUUGCAAUCUCUGAACAUAGUCCCUGCUGUGUCAG